AUGAAGUUUCUGUUUUGUUUACAUUUUAUUUUGCAAACAUUUUAAACACACACAAAACACAACUUGGAAUUUCAAUACAAAAAUUCGAAUUAUUAAAAAUGGAAACAGUUAGUGCUAAGGAAAAAUAUCUAAUAUGCAAUUCAUUAGCAUGCAUUCCAACUUUGCUCCAAGGCAAGUCAAUUCUUAUCGAUCUCAAAAAUGAAACAUCUGUUGCUGGAAGAAUUCUUAAUGCCGAUGGAUUCAUGAACAUACAUUUAAGUGAAGCUGUUUUCAUUGAUCGACAUGGAUUACAGUAUGAAUUUGAUGAAUUUAUUGUUAAAAAUAGAUGCAUUCGGCAAAUGCAUAUUCCAAAAGAAUUGAAUAUUGAAAGUAAAUUGGAGAAAAUGAUGGCAAAAGUGGGUAAACGUGAACCACGAGCGAAAAAGACCAAUUUCAAAGAGAAGAGGGCUAGACAUCGGCAUGAAGAGAUUCUAAAUGAAAUUGCAGAGAAGAAUAAAAAUAUUAAAAAUUAGUU